UCUCGCUCAUUAUCUUCUCCCUCUCUUUUUUAUCAUCUCAUUUUCUCUCCAAACCAUAAAACUCAAAGUUUGUCCUUGAAAGAAAGAAGAUAGAGGGAUGGAAAACAAAUCAAGCCUUCACAAUAACAAGGCUUUAAUAGUAGUGGCCGUUUGUUUCCUCUUCUUUGUAAUUGUGGGGAUUUUGGUUAAUCACAACAGCCGUAAGUCAUCAGCCAAAGAUCACAUUGGGCCUCUAUUAUCCCCUUCGAACAAUGUAAUGGUUUUGGGAAGGAUGAGAAGUUAUUAUUCUUUUUAUCAUCAACACACUCUUAACUCUAUCAACUACGUGAGUAAAAAACGAGUACCUACUGGACCUAAUCCCUUUCACAACAAGAGGAACUACCUACAGAUUGUAACGAAGAAAAAGAAAUUGAUGAUGAGGAAGACUCUUGGUGAAAAUUUCCGCAAGCUGUAGAUGAGUAGGAACAUCUUUAACAACCAAAUCUCCAUGUGAAACUCUCUCACGAACAAAUUGAUAAUCAACAUUAAUGUGUUUUCUGCGAGCAUGCUGAAUAGGAUUAGCAGAUAAGUAUGAGGCAGAUACAUUAUCGCAAAGAAGCUGAAUCGACGAAUAAAAUGAAUAGUUAUUCCCACUUCAAACAGAAUUGAACGAAUGUGGAGUGUGUUUUGACUUGUGUAAGCAAUAGCUCUAUACUCAGCUUCUGUAGAGGAUUUAGAGACAGUAGGAUGCUUCUUGGAUUUCCAGGAUACCAUAUUAGGGCCAAGAAACG